UCCCAGCAGUGCUAGGCUGAGAGGCACAUGCUGGGCUUUUACAUCUCAUCUUCAAGGAUGAAUGCUGGGCUUGGAUGAUAUCUACAAUUUGGCUUUCCCAUGAGCUUUUUAACUACCAAAGGGUUCUAUUUACAUCUUUAGAAGUUUUGCCUCAGGAAACCUAAGGGCCCGGGAAGGCUCCCAGAGUUGGCCAAGCUCAUGUAGCAAGUCUGGAACAGAACCUUUAAGGGUCUAGAUUUGGAGAAACCACUGUUGAGUGAGGGCAGCCUUUUGGGCUGGUUUUCUCCCCUGUGAAAUGUCAGAGAAGCCUUGGUGUUAGUCAUGGCUCUACAGGGCCUGGUUUUGUGGGGCUUGUGUGGUGGCCAUUGAGUCCCCACUGUGGGGGUUGUUUCAUAGAAGAGAAGUCUGGUGUUCCCUAAGAUGGCCUGAUAUGAGAGAGUCACGCCUCCCACCUCCCCGAGCCCCCAGAGCUGCCCUGUGGCUGCCUUCUCCUUCAAGUUCAGGAGCCAGUUGAAAUGUCGGAAAUGGAAGCCAACGUGACCAUCCCAAUCUGGCAAAACAAGCCGCAUGGGGCUGCUCGCAGUGUAGUGAGAAGGAUCGGGACCAACCUGCCCCUGAAGCCAUGUCCCCGGGCGUCCUUUGAGACCCUGCCCAACAUCUCUGACCUGUGUCUAAGGGAUGUGCCCCCAGUCCCUACUCUGGCUGACAUCGCCUGGAUUGCCGCAGAUGAAGAGGAGACAUAUGCCCGGGUCAGAAGUGAUACACGCCCCCUGAGGCACACCUGGAAGCCUAGCCCUCUGAUUGUCAUGCAGCGCAAUGCCUCAGUGCCCAACCUGCGUGGGUCCGAGGAGAGACUCUUGGCCUUGAAGAAGCCAGCCUUGCCAGCCCUAAGCCGCACCACAGAGCUGCAGGAUGAGCUGAGCCACCUGCGCAGCCAGAUUGCUAAGAUAGUGGCAGCUGAUGCAGCUUCGGCUUCAUUAACACCAGAUUUCUUAUCUCCAGGAAGUUCAAAUGUCUCUUCUCCCUUACCUUGUUUUGGAUCCUCAUUCCACUCUACAACUUCCUUUGUCAUUAGUGACAUCACUGAGGAGACUGAGGUAGAGGUCCCUGAGCUUCCAUCAGUCCCCCUGCUUUGUUCUGCCAGCCCUGAAUGUUGCAAACCAGAACACAGAGCUACCUGCAGCUCGUCUGAGGAGGAUGACUGUGUCUCUCUGUCCAAGGCCAGCAGCUUUGCAGAUAUGAUGGGAAUCCUGAAGGACUUUCACCGGAUGAGACAGAGCCAAGAUCUGAAUCGGAGUUUAUUGAAGGAGGAGGACCCUGCAGUCCUUAUCUCCGAGGUCCUAAGAAGGAAGUUUGCUCUGAAGGAAGAAGAUAUCAGUAGAAAAGGAAACUGACUGCACUCAGCUCUGCAAACUCAGCCUCAUGCUCCUGGAAUUCCUUCAAUAGCUGCCUUCCUCACCGCAGAUGUUUCUGCCUCUCAAUUAGAAACCUUCUGCAACAGUCUUGCCGAAAGCUAGAGCUUGGACUGAAAGAGAAGAGCUGGAUUAUACGUUUCCCAUACUUUAAACCUUAGCGGAAAGCUAAGGCCUGUUUUUAGCUGAGACACUUUUUACAGGUAAAUAUAUAGGUUGGAAUGUUUCAGUCUAAAGGGUGAGAUAGAAUUUCUGGUUUUUCCUUGCUCCUGUGUGAAAAUAGGUCCUAAAUGAAUGAGUGACUUCACUGCAUUAGACCCCAUAACUGGUCUCACCGCACACUUUGUGCCCAGCUGUCACUCACUCUCAGCAGCUUCCUUGCAGCAGAGCAGGGCUGAGGGGAGGGAGCUAUAAAUGUUGAUGUACAUGUUCACAGGGCAGGGAAAAUCUUAUGCUGCUCCAUCAUAAACUGACACCAAUGCCCAGCAAUCACCCUCUCCCCCUUUCCUGUCCAACACCUAUUUAGAGGUUGGGCCACUGGACCAGCUAACACUUGGGCUGCUGCUGGGAGGCCUGGGCUGUUUUUUUCUUAAAUAUAUUUUGUAAUACUGUACAACCAAAUCUACCCUCUAAGGCCUUGGGGCAUCAUCAGUUCCACUGAUUGAAAACUCUUUCUCUUCCAAGGACUUUAGUUUAAGCCCAGCAGGAAAGAGAAAUGGGGAGGGGAGAGAGAGUACCAUCCUUCUUCCAGGCCUGUGACUGCUCCUUUGCGUUAGGCCAAGGUUUGUACCUGCCACACCAUGCAUGACUCAGACGCCCUCAGGUCCCUUUCUCUAUGGUAUGUAUCCUGUGUGUGUUUGAGUUGAAGCACUACCUGACAUUAAAGGAAGGAUUUGGAGAGAGAGUGCAUUUGCUGUGUCUUAUCUCUGAGUUGUGAUCACCUUUUUAAGGUAUGUGAACUUUUAUAAUAAACUAACUCCUGGCUUCCUCUCUUUCCUUAUAAGGUCCUCCCUUUAUAAGAGAAAACUUCCCUAAGGAGCCUCUUGUCCCUUUCUGUAGAGAGUUUGCCCUAAGCUCUUAAAGCAGUUACAUCUUAUAACUUGCAAGCUUGCCCCCCGCAAGCCUUUUACGUACCACACCUGCAACAUGGAAAACUGCUACGUGGUGGAUAACAUCUUGGGUAGAACACAGGUCAAAUUAGACUCCUGUUCAGAUCAGACCCAUGGCAAUGACCAAGCAUAUACUAUUAAAAAGUUGCUUUAUCAAAGAUAAAAUUGGUAAUGUUUUAAUUACCAUCAGA